GUCCAUCACAGUGUCACGCUCUCAACCAGCUUCCAAGGUCCAGGACCAAACAACAAACCAUUUACUACAACACCAUGAAUACCGCCCCUACGAACCGAUAAUGGAAAAGUCUGCAUCCGGCGACAUACUCGACAUCAACGAUCCGCGAUCGAUCCCCGACUACGACCAUGAGUUCAUCGAACCAGAUGAUCUGCGCCAGUUCGAAAAGGCCCUGACGGACCAGGACGCGGACCCGCUCGUUGCCCUGAAUGACUGGCGGCCUGUAUACCAGCGCGUGGUACGUCGAGGAGGGAGAGGGCGCAACAGCAACAACAACAGCGUCAAGAAGCGGCUGCCCCGGCGGACGAAAGACGAAACGAGAGAAGGCGUCCUCUAUACCGUGCUCAAGUGGCCGUUUCUGUUUAUCGUUUUGGGCUGGAUUACGUUCCUGGGAAUUGGAUAUGCGUUGACGCGGAUCUACAUCUUUUUGUAUGAGCAGUGGGUGACGUGGAGGGGGAAGAGGGAGAGUUUGCGCAGGGAGCUGUAUCGGCAUACGAAUUAUAGCGAUUGGCUCGAGUCGGCGCGUGCGUUGGACGAGUAUCUUGGAAACCAGCGGUGGAAGACGAUUGAUGAGUAUGCGUACUAUGAUCACUUGACGAUACGGAAGUUGAGUGGACAGCUCAAGGCCGUCCGGACGCAGGUCGAGCGGGAGAUCGAAAAGGACGAUCCUGAUUCUGCCGUGGUCAUUGAGGAGCUGUGCAACCUGCUGGAAGCAUGCGUCAAGAACAAUUUUGGCGGGGUCGAGAAUCCCAGGCUUUACAGUGAAGCUUAUUCCGGCACGAAAGACUUGGUUCAGAAUUACAUUGAUGAAGUGCACGCCUGCAUCAAGGUCGUUUCAGAUGCGCGGCAGGUAAAAAACGAGGACAAGUACCAUCACUUCAAGCACCUGGACACGAAUUUUGGCCGGACUGCGCUUUGCUUGUCUGGAGGAGCGACAUUUGCAUACUACCAUUUUGGCAUUGUCCGAGCACUUCUGGAUAAUGAUGUCCUCCCGAGUAUCAUCACUGGCACGUCAGGAGGAGCGCUCGUUGCGGCGUUGGUUGGUACUCGCACGGACGAUGAGUUGAAACAGCUUUUGGUGCCGGCUCUAGCGCAUCGAAUAAGGGCAUGCUCUGAAGAUUUCACAACAUGGAUGCGUCGGUGGUGGAAGACAGGCGCGCGGUUUGAUACGAUGGACUGGGCCCGUCAAUGCAGCUGGUUCUGCAGGGGCUCCACCACGUUUCGAGAAGCGUACGAACGGACCGGACGUAUAUUGAAUGUGUCCUGUGUACCCUCAGACCCCCAUUCGCCGACGAUCUUGGCCAACUAUCUGACGUCGCCGAAUUGUGUUAUCUGGAGUGCUGUGCUUGCGUCUGCAGCGGUUCCAGGAAUCUUGAACCCGGUGGUACUAAUGACCAAGAAACGAGACGGCACCCUUGCCCCUUACUCCUUCGGGCACAAGUGGAAGGAUGGAAGUCUGCGAACAGACAUCCCGAUCAAAGCGCUAAACCUCCACUUCAACGUCAACUUUACCAUAGUCUCGCAGGUGAACCCCCACAUCAACCUUUUCUUCUUUAGCUCCCGAGGAACCGUCGGCCGACCAGUUACCCACCGCAAGGGACGAGGCUGGCGCGGCGGUUUUCUGGGAUCCGCAAUCGAGCAAUACAUCAAACUCGACCUGAACAAAUGGCUCAAGGUCCUCCGCCACCUUGAACUCCUCCCACGGCCACUAGGCCAGGAUUGGAGCGAAAUAUGGCUACAGAAGUUCAGCGGCACAGUAACCAUCUGGCCGAAGACUAUCCCUUCUGAUUUCUACCACAUCCUCUCCGACCCUACCCCGGAGCGCCUCGCCCGCAUGCUCCGCACGGGCCAACAGAGCACCUUCCCCAAGAUCCAAUUCAUCAAGAACCGUCUCAAAAUUGAGCUCGCGAUCCUAGAAGGCCUGCACCGCUUCUCACCCUCUGGCGGAAGAGACGCAUUCCCGAAACAGCCCUUCCCGCUCGAUGACACAGACGGCGACGCCGACGGACAAGAUCCAAGGGAGGCUCGCCUCAACCGCAAUCUACCCGAGCGGAAAUCACAGUAUCAUAAGGGUGACUCGAUGUUCUCAGACAUCUCUGACGCAGACGGUGUGAUAUCCGCUGAAUCGAGCUCCGUGGACGAUAAUGAUAUGGUUCAUCCGAGGCCGAGGAGGGGGAGUGUCUCGAGCAUGUUUGAGGAGAUGCGGAGGCAGUCGGCUGUCUUUUUUGAUGACCCGGAUAUUUACCGUGAUGGGAAUUAGGAUUUUCGCUUUUUCCACCUACAGAGUAUUGGUGUACAUUUGCUGCGAGUCUUUUACCUUGGUGACUGGGUAGAUUGUUUGUCGAUUCUCAUGCUUAGACUGGUUGGUUGUAUGUAUUUGUUACAUCAUAUAAUGUAUGACUAGAGAAACAUAUCUUGGCGUUGUUCUUCUUCAUUUCUCUCUUGUACUUUGUGACUAACUAGCUUUUGCCUGAUCGAUGCAAAACAAUCACUCUUGAGACAAGUCCGGUCAUCGGAUAUCGCGAACUAUAGGACCCCACAACCUCACAAAGUUGGACCGAAAAGGCUCCAUUCCCAAUCAACAAAUACCAACGCACCACGAAACGCACAAUCAAUAAUACACCAAAGUAGCGGGAAACUAUGUUGGCGCUCUGCGUCAAUCUGCAUACUUACUCAAGUGGCGCGACAAUCCCUGCUCCGCAUCGCAACCUCCCACGUCAUUGUGCAUACGCUAAGAAACACUAAGAACAGCUGGGGGACGCGACACAGGGCACUCCUGGCUCCAUGGCCGCCUGAGCUUCGCUCCCAUCAUCGCCAAUGUCGACCACGUGUUUUCGGCGCGGAUAGGCUGGCUUUCUCAGAUAUUCAUGUGGUGUUAUGUGAUAUGAUGGAGGAGGCGGGAGGGGGUGGCGACUAUUUUGUCGCUGUCGCUCAUACUCCGUACACCAUACGUCGAAGAGUGCCUUGGUAUGAUUGGGAUUAUCGCUAUCGGGGAAGUAUGAUGCGGUGGAGAUGGAUGGAGCGGAGAGGCUGGUUGGUGGCCGGUAUAGCGUACUCCAGUCCCGGGGUUAUCCGUUCAAACUUCACCCCGAAAGGCGCGUGAGCGGAUUGAUCCGCCUCAUAUCCUUUGCCCUGAAAACGGGUAUGUUGUAGUUUGGGCGUGGAGCGUUUGCAGGGCGAACGCUGCCUCGCGUGAGAAGUCCUCGACGAAGGAAGGCGAUGCCGCCACGCCGCUGAUAGCCGGGUCGACGUCGGUCAUGGGCACGUCCGUGUCACCGUCUGCUGUUGUUGCUUGCGCUGGUGGUGAUGCGCCUGUGGAUGCUUUGGCGGGAAGCUGGCCCCGAGAUUGGGCUUGGAUUUGCUUGCCUAGGUCGAGGACGCGCUGGUAGCCUUCGACGGCGAGGUGCGCGAGGCCGAGGGUAUGCCAGACGCGGGCGAAGUUGAACUCCAUCUCUUGUCGCUCGACGGGAAGGCUUCCUGGGCGUUCGCGGAUGCGUCUGUACUCGCUCAUGAAAGAGAGACCCUGCAUAAUAUGGUAGUGGCGGUUCUCGGACUGUCGUUUCAUAGAGUGGUGGAUGUAGCAGAGGGCGAUGGAGAGGAGGACGGCUGGGUUUUGAUCAUCUAGGGCGUAGGCGCGGAAGAAGUAGUUGAGGGCAGGGUAGAAGCUGUUGCCGGAGUAGAGGAUGUGUCCGUACAGGACUAGGAGGGCGACGUCCAUCUCGUCGGCUGGGAUAGCUUCGCCCGUGUCGUCUCUUGUUGAUAAGGCGGCACGCUCCUUGUAGAUUGACUCGCGGACUUGUCUUGUUGGACGUGAGCCGGUCACUUCAUCGGGGAGUGUAAAGUCUAUGGCUUUGAUUUGUCGGAGCAUGAACUUCAUGUUGGGUGAGGAGUGAAAGAGGGAUCUGUGAGGAUCUCCGAUGAGGCAACUGAGUGUAGCAAAUAGACGGUAUGUGUCUGUUACGAAUUGGUACUCCUUGAUAAACCAACGCGCCUCGUUUGCGAGAGUUUCCUCGUCCUUUGCUCGAAGUGCACAAG